AUGCUAAAACCACUUAUCAUGAAAGAAAAAUUGCAAAGGAAUUUGUUAAAAGACUCAAAAUAUGAAGAUGAUAAAUCAUUUUUGAAUCCCCAUGAAGGGGACAAAGCGAGUAUACUACAAGAAACAAGAGUUUUCUCAAGUUAUCCAUUAAAUACACAAAAAUGUUUACAAAUUUUAACAAAGAUAUUAUACUUAAUAAAUAAAGGUGAAGACAGUUUGACACCUCAAGAAUGUACAGAUAUAUUUUUUAGUAUCACAAAAUUAUUUCAAUCCAAUAAUGAGAUAUUAAGAAGAAUGAUUUAUCUACUGAUAAAAAAUUUGCCAGUAAAUGACAAGGAAAUAUUUAUUGUCACAAGCUCAUUAACAAAAGAUAUGAAUUCUGCCAAUGAUUGUUAUAGAGCUAAUGCUAUAAGGGUGUUGAGUAAAAUUAUUGACUAUUCCAUGGCAACACAAAUAGAACGAUAUUUAAAAACAGCUAUAGUUGAUAAGAAUCCUUUUGUUUCUUGUUCAGCAUUACUUUGUGGUUUAAAUUUAUAUGCUAACACAUCUUGUGAUAUAGUUAAAAAAUGGACAAAUGAAAUUAGUGAAUGUACUAAUAGCAAAAAUGCCAUGAUUCAGUUCCAUGCCUUAACCUUACUAUGCUCUAUAAAAUGUCAAGAUAAACUUGCUUUAGAAAAAAUAAUUAGUACUUAUGCUAAGGGAUCCAAUAACCCUUCCGGUUCUUUAGCUAGUUGUCUAUUGAUCAAAUACGCAUCUUAUUUGAUAUACUGCACGGAGGUGGAGGGUGAUAUGGGCAAUGCUAGUGGGGUGAACAACAUAGGAAAUGUUAGCAGUGUUGGUGCAUACAGUAGCAGUAACGCUCAUAAUAACAUCACCAUGCGUAGCAGUAGUCCCAUGUAUAAUAUACAUGACUACACAAAAAACAGCAAAAAUCAGUUAAUACACCCAACGACGAAAGUAUGCUUCGAUUACUUAAAAAUAUGUCUAAAAAGCAAAGAUAUAAUAAUUCUUUUUGAGUGUGUUAAGUGCAUAUUUGAUUUGGCUAUAUAUGAUAUUGCUGGAAGAAACACAACUACAGUAUUUAAUAUUGAUAUAUUGAAUGAAUGCAUAAAAAUAUGUCAACUGUUUUUACUCUCUACAAAAAUUGUAGAUAAGUUUAGUAUAAUAAGACAAAUAAAUAAAUUAGCUCACCAUAGACCUCUUGUUAUGUCAAAGCUUAAUUCAGAUAUAGAAAACUUACUAGUUGAUAGUAAUAAAAGUAUAUGUGUUCUAGCAUUUACUACAUUAUUAAAAACAGGAGAUGAAUCAAAUAUAGAUAAAUUACUAAAUCAAAUUAAUAAUUAUAUGAGUGGUGAUAAUAGUUUUUUUAAAAUACAAAUUAUUGAAGAAGUAAAAAAUUUAUGUUUUAUUUAUCCUAGUAAAUGUAAUAUUAUUCUAAAUUUCUUAUCAAAUAAUAUAAGAGAUGAAGAAUCUUAUCAAUUCAAAUCAAAUACAAUUGAUGCUAUUAUAUUAAUAAUAAGUCAAAUACCUCACUCAGAAGAAACAGCUAUAUUACAGCUAUGUGAAUUUAUUGAAGAUUGUGAAUAUAACUCUCUACUUCUUAGAGUUAUAAGAUUUUUACUAUUACACAUACCUAAAACUAGGAACCCAGCAAAAUAUAUAAGAUAUAUUUAUAACAGACUCAUUCUUGAAAAUGCUACUAUUCGAGUUGAUGGGAUGUAUGCCUUAUUUCAUAUUGCUCUAAAGUGUACUGAAAAUUGUAAAGAUAUAUUGUUUUUACUAAAAUGCUUAUUAGCUGAUAAUGAUGAUGAAGUCAGGGAUCGAACCAACUUUUUCUAUUACAUGCUGAAGGAGAAAAUUAUAGAUUUGGAGUUGGCCUCUACUACAAACGUUCAUGGUGAUAGCAAUCUACCCGGUAGUUGUACGGAUGAGCAAAUAACCCCUCAAGAAAAAGAAGCAAAUGCAGUAAAAGAAGCAGAUGUAGAUGCAGCAGAAUCAGAAAAUAUGCAGCAAAAAGACAAACAAGCCAUACCAUUGAUAGACGAGCUGCUAUCGAACGAAGAACCCUCGAAUGUAGAAGCUCUCCUCUACUACAUAACCAAUCACCUAGAGAACAAUAAGAAUGAAGAAUUUCAGUACGAAAAUAUAAAAGACGAAAUAACUAAAAUGAAUGAUACAAAUAAAGAUGCUCUUUCGUCUACUCACUCAAAAAGAAAAAGCUCAUACUCAGAAAAUUUAAAUAAUACAAACACUUUAACAAAGAAUCUUGAACAAACAACAGAUUCAGUAUAUUUAGAAAAUGUAUCACCUUUUAUAGAAAAAUAUAGUAUGGGUAACAUAAAAAUUAUUACAAAGUCAACUGCUUUAACAGAAAGUGAAGCAGAAUACACGGUUUCUGUAAAAAAAUAUAUAUAUGAUAAUCAUGUAAUACUUGAAUUUCUUAUUCAAAAUACACUAACUGAACAAAUUUUAUCAAAUGUAAACUUACAAAUAAACACUUAUGAUAACAAGUGGAUCAUUCUUGAAAAAACAGCAAUUCAAAAUUUAUAUUAUAAUUCCCCCCAAAAUUUAUACGUCCUCCUGGGAAAAGGUUCUUGCUUUACUCAGGCAGAAAUUAUUAACUAUAAUGGAAGUAACGACAAUGGCAAUGAUAAUAACAGUAGUAAUUUCAAUGGCAACAACGAGCCAAACGUUUAUAAUGUUACUCAGAUUUUUCAAAUUUCUUUGCAUUUUCUAACCAAAGACAACGAAAUGGAUGAAGGUUUUCCAGACUCAUAUUCUAUUAACCCAUUUAGUAUACAAAUAACAGAUUUUAUUAAUCCCAAAAUUUUAAGAAAUGGUGAAUUUAAACAUGUAUGGGAAAGUAUGGACAAUUUAAAUUCUGAAUCGGUCAGCAAAUUUAGCCUAAAUUUUGAAAAUAUCCAGCUAGCUGUGGUAGGAUUAUUAAAUACAUUAAACAUGAUGGCAUGUGACAACACAGAUAUUGUAGAAAAUAACUCAACAAAUCAUAAUAUGCUCCUAUCAGCCAAAUUUUUAAAUGAAUCGAAUGUUUUAUGUAAAGCUUCUCUAAUACUGUCACAACAGUAUGGAUGCUUGUUGAAAAUUAUAUGUAGAUCUAAGAGUAGGCAGCUGUCAGAACAUAUCUUAAAAUCCCUCGAAUAG